AUGGAUGGAGAGACGCCAUCAGCCGAUCAAAACGUGCCGAGAGACGACAAGCAGCCUCGUGUAUCCUCAGCUCUCUGUGAAUAUGAAUGCAAUGCAAAAAUUCCUCUAGUUUCCAUGGACCGGGUCCUGCCUGACGACCUAUUGGAACAAAUCCUGGCCUGCCUCCCGUCCGCAGACCUUGUCAGAGCAGGCGCUGUUUGUACUUGGUGGCGUGGAAUUAUAACUUCCGGGAGUUUUCGGAAGAUACUGUUGCCCGGUGUAUCGCAGAGACCAUGGUUCGUCCUAGACAGGUUACUUGGCCAACGCCCAUGUGCUUAUGACCCUGUCUACAACGUCUGGUACAAGCUCGAACUACCCAGAUUCAACUUAUCCUCUACAUCCAUCGCCACCUUUGCGUCUUCCAGUGGCUUGAUCCCUGUAUUCGGCACAGGUAAUGAUGGUAGCCCCAGGUUAUAUGUCUGCAACCCUCUGACGAGAAGAUGGAGAGAAAUUGCACGGCCCCCCUCUAGUGUAAAAUAUGUGCAUCGCACCACCCUUGCGAUCUCGGUUAGUAGGACAACACCAAGUUAUAGAGUCUCGCUCGUGACUACAAAUUAUCCCCCUGGCGUUCCGUUCGGACGGGAAGUUUCGGUUCAUGUCUACGAUUCCGAAACGAGGAUGUGGGCGACUCGCACAACAGAGGUCCUGAGAGGUUGGACAAGCAAUAGCGAGAGUGCAAUCUGUGCAGGGGUUCUGUAUUUCUUAAUUUAUUCGAGUGUUUCACCUGAAAACAGCUGUGGCCUGGUGAUGUAUGACCUCUCCGGACGAUGUUCCGAUGGCCUGUUAGCGAGCUUCGUCCCGUUUCCUUGCCCUCUCGCAUGUCAAUUUCUGAUGAACAUGAAAGAGAGGGUGGUCUUGGUUGGGGGUCUCUGGAACGAUGAACAAGCGUCAAUGAAGGGGAUCGGCAUUUGGGUCUUGAGUGGCGGGGAGUGGCAGGAAAUUGCUCGCUUGCCUCAUGAUCUUUUUCUAGGAUUUCCAGUGUCCGGUCAUGGUCUCAAAAGCUGGGGCGUGAAUGAUCUGAUAUACAUCAUCAACAGGCCAGGUUCGGAUAUGGUAAUUUUCGACAUGAGCCAGAAACAAUGGGGGUCACGGAACAGACCCGCCGAGGUCCCUUCACGGCUCUCUGCCGGUUUUUGCUACGAACCGCGGUUCGAAAUUGUUCCAUAA